AUGUUCCCCUACCCCGUCGUGCCCUCGCCAUACGGCGCAGUCUUUGUGGAAGAAAGAGUCGAGUGGACACAUAAGAACAGGCCGGCACCCAACCCAGCUCGCAACAAUAGGAACCCUCCAGCACCGAACGCAGCUCGCAACAAGAGGAACCCUCCGGCACACAACGCAGCUCGCGGUAAUAGGAACCCUCCAGCACACAACCCAGCACCCAACCUAGCUCGCGGUAUUAGGAACCCUCCAGCACCCAACCCAGCACCCAACCCAGCUCGCGGUCACAGGAACCCUCCAGCACACAACCCAGCACCCAACCCAGCUCGCGGUAUUAGGAGGCUUCCAGCACACAACCCAGCUCGUCCCAACGGCGUCUCUCCAAUGGCUGAUAUUGCCCGCAAGUUGAACCUCUACGCCGAUGAGGGCAAAUAUUUGUAUUUUGCCUACGGCAGCAACAUUCACGUCUCGCAAAUGGCAGAGCGAUGCCCCCGCAGCCUUUUCGUCGGCGCAGCGUCCCUCCCGGGCCAUCGAUGGCAAAUUAACGAGCGGGGUGUUGCAAACAUCGUCCCAUCCCCAAGUCACCGCGUCGAGGGUCUCGUGUACCUAGUGGAUCGGGAAGACGAGAAAACUUUGGAUCGCUCAGAAGGAGUAUCGCAAAAACUUUACGAGAGACAGAUGCGAGAAGUCGACUUGACACCACACCCAACUCUGUACACGCAAAAGUCUUCGCUGGUUGCCGCAGAGCUCGAGAGAAAUAACGCAGGGGUUCUUCGACGAGGAGGCCCAAGUCGGCCGGAGCUACGACCGGGGCGGAUCAAAGUACUCGUAUACGUCAGCGAGAGAUUCAAAACUGACGGUGCAAUUCGUACAGAGUACAUAACCCGUAUGCAAAAGGCCAUGGCGGAUGGUCUGAAGCUAGGUAUUUCCGCAUCUUAUGUCGAGGAUUGCAUAAAUCCAUUGAUCAACCCCAGGCCCAGAGGUCCGGCUCACAUGAGGAUUGAGCCGCGGAGGCCAGGCCCGCGUUGA